CUAACACUUACAUGCCAAUGAUGUAUUUGCAUCACUGAUACAGGGGUGCUCUUACAUCUGAUGUGGUGGCAUAUGCUGAACUGAUAGUUUGGCCCUUGUGCAAAGUUCAGAAAUGUUCUUCUACCUGCUCCGCCGAUAGUAACUUAGGGUAGAGGAAACUGCAGGCUUACAGGCCUGGCUUUUCUCUUCUGCAGUUCUGCUUCAGUGUCAGCAGGAAAACAGACAAUCAUGUUGGAAAAGAAAAUACAAACACUAUUUUAUGUUAUAGAUAAGGAAAUAACCCAAAACGUCAGUGUCCCUUCAGUUUUGGCUUAUUGUAAGCAUCCAUUCUGACACAUUGAGGAAUGCAGAAGUGAUUUUGCCAGACUACAUAUAUAUGUGUGUACAUAUAUAUAUAUAUAUAUAUAUAUAUAUAUAUAUAUAUAUUUGCUAAACUCCAUUUUGUAGGGUAUUAUCUGUCUACCAGUACAUCCCAGGAAAAAGAACAUUCAUCCAUGCAGAAAUAUGGAAAUAAAGGUGUCUGUGUGAAACAUGGUUUGGUGUCACUGCAGUGCCUGCCCAGCACUCGCUCCCGCAGGCGCCUCCUGCUCCCAGAGACAGCAGGGCCCUCUGGACAGUGCCAGACUGGAAUUCUUGCUCCCUGUGCAAGAAGAAAGUGUGCUAACUGCCUGUCCAUCACCUCUCGCUCCCUGGGAUGUGUCCCAGCUGCUGCCAGGCAAGGCAGGCUCGGGCUCCAAGCACGUCCAGCAAACUGGAAAGGGAGGAGUUUGCUGGGAAAACGUUGGCACAUGAAGUCCUUCCAUCACAUCAGACCUGCACUGUGUGGGAUCAGGCAUGGGAGCUGCAGGAGCAGAAAUUCUGUGUGAUGGAGAGCUGGUGAUGGACCCACCCCUGCUGCUUGGCCAGGAGAGACUGGUUCUCUAUGAACAGGACCGCUGUCCCCAUCACCCUCCAGGAGGUGGGAAAUGAUGAACUGAUGAUCUCCAGAGCUUCAGUGGAUGUGGUUAUUUCCAGAUUGUUCUGUUAAAAUUUCCCUUGUUGUUUUGCCGAGGAAAAGUCUCUUUCUCCAUCUGUUCUUGUAGAGACUGGAAUUGCUGUAAGGCUCUGGCUGGCAGCCCCCAUGGCAGGAAGGUGCCUCCUGAGCACAGGGUGAGUUGUCACAUUGCCUGGGACGUUCUGCUGGGCACUCACCUGCUGUCCUGUCCAUGAGCACAGCAGCCUGUGAGGAGCUUGCAGUUCAGGACAAGGCCUUCUGCAAGGGGUGGACAGGGCUCCUGGUGCUGGGGAGAGGGAGAUGUUUCCUUUAGAGCCUGGGACACUUCCAAAGUUUCCUGUUGGGAUUGGCACCCACAGCCAGCAGCAGCCAUGAAGUGGAGAAGGGGAGCAGCACCAGAGCAGAGUUCCCCUGGCAGGAAUCUGCUCUGGCUGCAGGAGAUGGGCCUGCACAGCCACUGCCCUCAGCCAGGUAACAAAGCACAGGAAUGAGCCUGAAGGCUCCUGGCAGCUGUGAGCUCCCUUCCCUGCAGCAAAGGGGACAUCCCCAAACCCUGCCCCAGCUCCCUCUGCCUCGGGGAUACACUGCCCCAGCAUUCCAGUGUCUGUGUUUGCUCUUUACAUUGCAGAGAGCCAAGCGGUGAGUACAUUGAUGUUGUGAGGGAUGCAGGGGAAGGGCCCACUGCUAGUAAUGUCCAGUCAUCUUGUUGUUAAAAUGUCUGUGAAAUGUUAUUCAGUGCUGAUCCAGGAUUUUCCAGAAGAAUAAUAAGUUAUUGAAAACUGUUGAAUUAAAAAAAAAAAAUCCAAGAUUGAUUUUGCAGUCUCAGGGUUAAAUUGAACUUGUUGAAAUUUUCACAGAAACUGAUCCAACCUUUGUGUUCUAAUUAUCUUAUUGAUUUACUUAUAAAGCAAUAUAAAUUGAAAAUAUAUAACAGCGUAAAUAUACACAAAGAUAAAUGUCAGCACAAUGUUUUCUGUCUGAACAAAUCUUCUGAAUUCUAGAGAACUCAGAACACAAAGAAUUACCAAAGCCUUGUUUUCUUCAUACAGCUUAAGCUGUUACAGAAGAGCAUUUGUCACCAACCAGUUAUAAAUAAGAAGAAUAAUACCCAUUGUGGUGGGUGAGCAUUGGCAGGAGGGAAGCACACUGUCUGUUCUGUAACUGAUAAUGAGGAAAACUUUUUGGAAAAACCCAUCUAUGUGUAUUACAAACUAAGUUGCAAAAACGCUUCUAAAUUUUUCUCAAUUUUUGUUUCAGACUUUAAAAAAAUUACCUCACUUUAUUUGCCUUAUUUUAUUUUGCACUAAGCUGUGAUAUCAUAAUCCUUAGAUCUUGAAGAACAUGUGCUACAAACAAGUUACUGAAUUGCUUUCAGUUCGUUUGGUAUUCAAAUGAUGGAGCUAUGUACAAACAAAUGAGAUGCUUUGAAAGGCAUGGAAGGUAAGAGAUUUCUAUCUCCUAGAAAUCUAAGAGAUUUCUAUCAACAAUACUUUGCAGUGAUUUAACCAAUGAAAUAAAAUUAACAGAAUAAUGAAGGUUUUAGUUUCUGUCCUAUUCUAGCAGUGAAUAUUUAGUGCUUGUCAUAAAUAAAAAAUGAGAAUAUAUGUUGUAGAUUUCAGCAGCUUCAAAGUGUCCAGAAGCAGAAUUUCAGAACCUAAAAGUUUCAUUUUCUGAGGGCACAUUAAUCCCCAUUUGGACCAGAAAUCACAUUCCAGCCUGUGAAGAGGAUAUUUCAGGGCUUGAGCUGCCCUGCUCAGCACGGCCCAGAGACAUCAGUGCAGAAAUGGGUGUGACAUUGCAAAGACCUGCAAGUAACUUUAGAUACAAUAAAAGUCACAUUCAAAGGCAGCCUGCUCCUUUACUGCAGCUUCACUCUGGGUCUGGUAUGAAUUUGCGGUCCCUGGGCGAGCUCUGUGCUGACACUGUGGGAGCACCUGGCCAACCCCUGUGUCCCCAGAGCCCCAGCGAGCCCGGAGUCGCUGCCAGUUCUUGGUGGAGCUGAAUGGAACCAGGGAACUGGGGAGGAAAUUUUGACAGCUGGGAACUAAGGCAGUGUUUCACAGACUGGAUGAGUCCCUGUGCAUGAGCUGUGCCUUUCCUCCAUGGACAAGUCCAUGGAGUGAGGAGAUGCCCUGUUCUAGGCAUCUCCUUCUUUGGAGGAAAUCAACAGCAGCGGCUGGAGCUGCCCUGGGGGAAGAGCCAGAGGUUCUCAUGGCACUGACACAGUCUGGAAAGGAUGAACAAAACCCUGCCUGGGUCUGUGUUAGUAGAGAGAAGACAAAAAUGUGACAAAGCUGGUCAAACCUGCUCCCUAUGCUGGGACUUUUGGAGAUUUUUUUUCACUUGGCAAAGAAGGGCAAUAGUAGUGUUUGGCUGGUCCUCUGUGGUUGUGCUUUCCAGGUAUUGUGUUCUGCUCUGUGGGCACCUGGUCCCUGGCUCUGCAAGUUUCUUCCUUGUUCCCAAUGAGGGGCAGCACUGCAGCUCUCAAGCCCUCAGCUCCCACUCACCACACAGGCAGAGCUGGGAAUAAACCCAGGGCACAGCUGGCACUCAGGUAUUGGGAUACUGACAUGGGAACAAGCAAAUGGUCUGAGGCUUCCAUGGGGAACAGGCUGUACCCACCCCAUGGCUCGAGACACCUCCCAGUGCUCCCUACUCCCUGCAUGGAGCUGGGCAAAACAGCCAGGGUUGUCAGCUUGUGUGGAACCUGUGCAUGUGCACAGAUGUCUGUGGGGCUGUGGAUGUGUGUGGAUGUUUGCAGUGCAAGGAUAAUGUCACACAUUCUGCAGGGUCUGCUCUCACAGGCUAUACAAGCUGUUUGUUACAGGGCAUUUGGGGAUCAGAGGGUUUGGAGUAUUAGGACAGGAGUCUCCAGUGAAAGUACUUUGCUGCUGUAGAGCAGAUGCUUGUCGUGCUCUGGACGGUCUCUACCUGGCAAAUGGAAAACAAAAGGCUGUGGAUUUGCUCAGAACUCCUCAAAAUUUAAUAAAAUGCAACUAGAAAAAAUGUGGUGGUAAGUCCCAUUGCAUUAGUAUUUAUUAGACUUACAUUUUCCCUUGCAAACAUGACAUGGCAUCAGGUGUGUGUCUCAAGACUGUGCUUUUCAGGACAUUGCAGUGCUCCCAAAAUGGCCCUCAAUUUUCCCAAAGCAUGUUCAGUGGAUGAGCCUUGCAGACACCCUGUUGCCCCUGCCAGGGUGGCAUCUGAGCCACGGGGACAGCUGAGGACACUCUGUCACUUGUCAUUGCACCGUGUGACACAGCCGAGCAGCCCCGGGGCACAGAUCACCAGGGUGCUGGGCUGGAACCAAACCUGCAGGGUGGCUUUGGAGGCUGCAGCUUCUCCCUCAGCCAUUGUUGGGUGAGUGCUGACUGCCUGCAUGUGGCACAGAGGCACACUAUAAAUAACUGCAGGAGCUAUUCCUUCCCUCUGAUAACAAGGCCAGAACUGCACAUCAGCUUUUAUCUCCUUGUACCAAUCUCCCAGUUCACUGGCAGGCAGAGAUAUGGCCUGGCAUACAAAAAUUCCCUGUGAUAAUCAUAGCAAGGCUCUGCCAGGGCACUGCUGGUCCCCACGGUGGGGACAUACUGGUCAGUACUUUUCCAGGUGCCACAAAGCUUCCUCAGGGGUGUGUGUGUGAUGAUGUGGCUUGACCACAGAUGUGGCAAUAAUUAGGCUACAGGGCCUUUAAGGACACCAGACAUUUUGUCCCUGUCAGAUAAUUAUCAGCCUCAUACCCAGGGGCACAUUCUCCAUCAGCUCAAAAGUGUUCCCAUGAUUUUUGGUUAUUUUAUUUGUGCCAGGUCUGGUGGUGCUUUAUACUGUAACAAACAUAAACUAAAUAAUCAUGAGGGAAAAUGUCAGAUUUUUUCCUCCAUUUUUAUGGAUUCCUUUUUGGUUUGGUGUGUGCAUUCCCAGGCAGACUGGUCAAGAUCAAGGGUUACCUCAAGAAGGAGAGGCCUGAAAGCUGCUCUAUCCCAGAUGCCCAAGUCUGUCUCCAGCCCAGAGCCUGUGGGGGCUGACUCCAGCCCCUCACACACAGGGGGCAGGGAUCCCUGCAGGGAGCACCUGCUGAACUGUGGGGAAAUGAUGGACAGACUUUUUCUGUCCUUUGAGGUGCAAACCUGAAGGUAAGCCUGCAGUAAUUUGGUUUUAUCCCUUUAAAAUAUUUUCACAGUUUUUUGGGAAACUUCCAUCAUAAAUUUCUCCCCUUUUUCCUUAUUUCCACAGUGUUCAAAACAAUCUACUCCAAAGGUAAACGUUUCAGUGAAUGUAUCAGUAAAAUGAAAGGUGUGUUUUGUGACACCAUUCACAGCUUUGAAGACCUCUGAGUUCAUCCCCUCCAAAGCAAGUGCAGCAGUGUUUUUGUUUAGGCUAUUUACACCCCAUCAGAGCUCAGCGCUGAGUUGAUAUUUCACCUCAGGCUGUAGUAAAUUAGAUGAAACAGUAUUUCCUCAUUCCCAGAGUUACCCUUUUACUUUGUCAGCUGAUACAGCUCCGUUACUGAUACAGGAAAAAAACAUUGCAAAAUCCCUUUUAACUACCGUCGAGACUAUUUUUAAACACAAAAUAUGUUUCUGUAAUGCAUUGUCUUUUGCUGAGACAUUUUUAAGACUACCAAGCCUCAACGCAUUCUAAGUAAUGAGAGCUGUCUUCCUUCUGGCAAACCUACCAGCACUGUUUGAUAAGUUUAGAAAGUUAAACCCAUGUGAACCUCGGUGAUUUUUCCACCUCAUUUUGUUUCACCCAAAAGCAGGCAAGGUUUGCUCCUUGGACAUUAAUUUUGGAAAUUCUGAACUGCUCUUUGGGUAAGCUUUUCAAAGAGGUCCUUCCCAGUGGAGACAGCACCCACACCUGGCAGCUGACAGACCUGUGCCAAAGGAGCUGCUCCCACACCUGCCAUGCUGGAGCUCCUGGGGAAGCGCCGUGGGACCCCUGCUCACCUGUAACAGCAGAGGACGAGAGCUUCAGACAAGCAGAGCAAAUACAGAAACAAUCUCCAAACAUGUUCUGCCGAUAUUUUUCCUUCUUUGGUCUGUGUCUUUUCCUUUCAACCCAAAGGAGCUCUCUGGGUCAUGGAUCCAGCUUGCAUGGCAGGGGCACCACGUCCCUCCCUGGAUUUGAGAACCUCACCAUGGGCUACAACAAAUACCUCCGGCCCUACUUUGGUGGAGAACCUGUACAAAUUGCAAUGAGUCUGGACAUUGCAAGUAUUUCUAGUAUAUCUGAGAGUGACAUGGAUUUCACAGCCACCAUCGCCCUGCGGCAGCGCUGGACAGACCCGCGGCUGGUCUUCCACGGCAACAGGAGCUUCACGCUGGAUGCUCGCCUGGUGGAGCUGCUCUGGGUGCCAGACACCUACAUUGUGGAGUCAAAGAGGUCUUUCCUGCACGACGUCACUGUGGGCAACCGCCUCGUCAGGCUCUUCUCUAAUGGCACUGUCUUGUAUGCCUUAAGAAUCACUACUACUGUUGCCUGUAACAUGGACCUGUCAAAAUACCCUAUGGAUACCCAAACAUGUCGGCUGCAGCUAGAAAGCUGGGGCUACGAUGAGAACGAUGUCACCUUCACCUGGCUGAGGGGGAACAGCUCCGUGCACGGCCUGGAGAAGCUGCGGCUCUCCCAGUACACGGUGCAGCGCUACCACACCCUGGUCUCCAGGUCUCAGCAGGAGACAGGCAGUUACCCACGACUGAUAUUACAGUUUGAACUGAGGAGAAAUGUCCUUUACUUCAUAUUGGAGACCUAUGUGCCCUCCACUCUGCUUGUCAUGUUGUCCUGGGUUUCUUUUUGGAUCACACUGGACUCAGUGCCUGCAAGAACCUGCAUUGGAGUUACAACAGUGCUUUCUAUGACAACUCUGAUGAUCGGCUCACGAAGUUCACUUUCAAAAACCAACUGCUUCAUUAAGGCCAUUGAUGUUUAUCUUGGCAUCUGCUUCAGCUUCAUCUUUGGUGCCCUUGUGGAAUAUGCAGUGGCUCACUACAGCUCCUCACAGAAAUGUGCAGCUAAAGUACCAAAAGAGGGGCCUGCAAAUGAACUGACUGAAGAAAUGGAAGAAGUUAACAUCACCAACAUCCUCAAAAAUUCCAUCACGAGCUAUAAACAAAAAAUCAGCUUCACAAGCAUUGAGAUUUCCAGUGAUAAUGUUAACUGCAGUGACUUGACCAUGAAAAAUCAUGAGAAAAUCAAAUGUGUCUUGAGGAACAAAAUGCACAGGAUCAUUGGUUAUUUCACAAUUCAGAACCCUGGCAAUGUGGACCACUACUCCAAAUUGCUUUUCCCUUUGUUUUUCAUGGUGGUCAAUGUGUUUUACUGGGCUUAUUAUCUAUAUUUUUAGUAGAAAUUAGUUGCUUCAUUCUCCUUCUUCAGCAGAAGAGGAAUUGUGCUGGAGGGCAUCCAGGUACCUAACCUCAGUGAAUUCAAUGUGGACAAAAAGCUUCCUUGUGUUUCCUGAGGUACCCAGCAGAAGUGUGUGAGGUGUGCAUGCAUCAGCAGCACUGACUCUGACAGCAGCUCUUCAGCUGAGUGGCUGUGCUGGGCUCUUCUGCUCACAGCUGCCUUUCAUACCACACCUCACCAGGCUGGAGAUGGGUGUGCAGGACUGCACUGGCAGCUGCAGAGCACUACAGGUGGCAGAAUUAUUUUGGUAGCUUGGAACAGGUUGGAACCUUCAAGAUGAGAUGUCCCAGAGGAUGAAUAGGAUCAUGACUGUUUUUCUUUGUUUGCCAGAGAGAACAGAGGGACUGUGAUUGCCUCCUCAAUAGCUGCUCUGUUGCAGUGAGAGCCCUGAGGCAGCAGCAGGAGCUCAGUGCAGUGCAGCACAGUGGGAUGCUUCUGUGCAUGGUGCUGCUUUGUCCUGGAUGGUGCAGUGCCAGGAUGGUGAUUCAGUACUGCACAGUGGUGCCUCACUGCUUUUAACCUGUAACUCACUGAGGUAACCCUCACUUGCUGAAGUUCUCCAGCCCUGAGACAGACGGAGGGUUGUUGUUUGUCGAGCUGCAUUUUUUCAGAGAUUUGGGAACAUGACAUAGAGGCAACAAAAUAAUUUUGUAACCCAUCUCUUAUACUCUUCCUGCUGCACUGCACGUGAACAGAUUCUACCACUUUCCAUGUCUUCCUCACAAAUUAUUUUCUGUCCUGGAGAAUGCUUCCUUCGGCCUUCACUGCGACAGGCAGCUCUCACUCCUUGGCAGCCACAGGCACAAGCAGCCGUUUGCCAUCCCCUCCUUUACGUGGCUGUGCAGCUGUGGCAAGCCAGCAGUGCUGCUGGGUGUGAAACCUGCAUGGGUUUGGGGCAGGCUAGUCUAAAUCACCCUUUCACUCUCUCACUUUACUUUUAGGCUGAAACACUGUUACUUUUUUGAGAAAAACCAUAUUCUAAGUGGGCUCUGGAAACUACCUGAAGUCAGCUUUAUUUAUCCUGCAAUCAGCAGAAGCCAAAGUUUUCUUUUAAAGAUAAAUGAAAUGCGGCCACACAGUUACAUUAAAGAACCAAAUUCUAUUUGGUACUGUGUAGCUUAAGAAUACUGAAAGUCUUUAUUUGCUGUUUGUAAAAUGAACGUUUUAUGGCAGACUCCCCACCUGGCGCCCUUUUUUGGUGUGUGCUGCUCUCAUCCCUGAGAGGGGGCAAUGCUGCAGGUCUGUGGGCACAACUGGGACUGCCUGCACUGGCUCCAUUCAGCAGAGCUCUGGCUGGCUGAGGCCUCUCAGUUUGUAGCUUGUGUUAGAGUCUCAGCAUGCAGUGUUUGCUUAGCUUAAGGAUCUCUUCUUGGGGGUUCCUAGAGAAGGUGAACAGAGCACAUGAGACUAUAGAUUUUUUUACCUUAAUAACUUUUUAUUGAACCACUUCACCACACUGUACUUUGAGAGGUCUAACCCACAUAUUCAUAAAUCAUCACUUUAACAAAGAGCAGCACAAGAAGACAGAGGCUGACAAUGGCAAGCGGAUAAACACAAACUCCAGUAAUGAAGUGUUGGCUUGUAUAUACUGGCAUUUGAAGUCCAUUCCAUAAAAUGUAAUAAAGUGAAUGUUUGUGAUAUGAACACAACCCCUCAGAGAGAUUCUCUACCAAGAAAAAAAUCAUCUCUUCUCUCUCUAUUGGUUUCUUUCUUUAAAACCCAACUAAAAUGCCAUUAUGUGUUUUACACUAGUCACCAAAUAUUAAUGUUAACAAAAGGAAUUUCAUUGUACAAAGCCCUCCAAGAUGAUCGAGUUCAGCUGUUUCCCCAGCCCUGCCAAGGCCACCACUAGCCCCUGUUCCUAAGUGCCAAAUCCACAUGGCUUUUAAAUCCCUCCAGGGAUGGGUACUCCACCCCUGCCCUGGGCAAUCUGUUCCAAUGCCACCACCUUUCCGUGAAGAAAUUUCCCCAAAAUCCACCCCGGGCCUGCCCUGGCCCAGCCUGAGGCCGUUCCCUCUGCUCCUGUCCCUGUUCCCUGGAGCACAGCCCGACCCCCCGGCUGUGCCCUCCUGUCAGGAGCUGUGCAGAGCCACAAGGGCCCCCUGAGCCUCCUUUGCUCCAGGCUGAGCCCCUGCCCAGCUCCCUCAGCCCCUCCUGGGGCUCUAUUCCCUUCCCAGCUCCCAGGCUGCUCCUCACAUGACUUCUGCCACAGACGCUUUCCCAGAAAGGCCUUCUCCAACCUGCA